AUGGCAUUCUGGUUGAACUAUAUCAUCAGAACAGCCCUCAUUCUCGAGGACUACAUCGUCGCGCGGAUCCUCCGAAGCCCGGGCUUCCACAACACCGUCCGCCGCAUCCAUCGCAGAGUGCAAGAUCAGAGGCAUGGCCGCGACCCGAACGAGCCCCUUCGCCCGGGCGAGGCCACAGAGCUGCCCGGGCCCAAUGACAACAAGUCCUUCCCCAAGUACUUCGUCGAGGAGCUGAUGAACCAGUUCCGAGGCUCGCCCACGAACCCGCCGCCCCCGCCUGGCCCUCCGCGAAAACCUAGAUGA